UGAACGAAUCGUUUUACCUCCAGCUGGGUCCCAGAACCGAGCUGACAGAGAGGAAGACCUGACUGAGGACAGUUUCCCAUCAUCCUCGGCUCUGAAAACAGACGACAGGUGUGAAGACGAUGCAGGUGUGUGACUCACCUGCAGGCCUCAGUGAAGCAGCAGAGUUCUCAGCAGGACAGGACAUUCCUUCAGACGGAGGCUGGAACAGAAACAGGACCUCCGGGUCCGUCCCGGUACCUGCCUGGUCCACAGAGAACACCUUGGUCACCACGGAGCUCUGCCUGCCGUCGCUGGAACACAGUCACACAGACGUUACCUGGACAGGUGCAGCUUCAGCACACCUGAGCUCCACACGGAGUCACAGACAAACAACACGUGAUGAUGACGACGUCGAUGAGGUCACCUGUCCUCAGGAUCAAAGAACUGUGUCAGCAGUUUCCUCAGGGCAUCACAGACCAGGUGAUCCAGAACGACCUGCCUCACCUGGAGCCUCAGCAGAGAGCCAUGGCCAUCAACAAGCUGCUGUCUCUGGGUCAGCUGGACCUGCUGAGGAACAGCUCAGGUCUGCUGUACAGACUGAAGGACUCUCAGAGCAGCAGUAAGAUGAAAGGUUCAGACAACCAGGAGAAGCUGGUUUACCAGGUCAUAGAGGAUGCUGGAAACAAAGGAAUCUGGAGCAGAGACAUUCGCUUUAAGAGCAACCUUCCUCUGACGGAGAUCAACAAGAUCCUGAAGAACCUGGAGAGCAAGAAGCUCAUCAAAGCUGUGAAGUCUGUGGCUGCCUCCAAGAAGAAGGUCUACAUGCUGUACAACCUGCAGCCCGACCGCUCUGUCACCGGUGGCGCCUGGUACAGUGAUCAGGACUUCGAGUCCGAGUUCGUGGAGGUUCUCAACCAGCAGUGCUUCAAGUUCCUGCAGAGCAAAGCUGAAGCUGCGAGGGACAGCAAGCAGAGUCCGAUGGUCCAGAGGAACAGCUCCUUCGCCACGUCACACGAAGUCUGGAAAUACAUCUGUGAGCUGGGAAUCAGCAAGGUGGACCUGUCGAUGGACGACAUUGAGACCAUCCUGAACACGCUGAUCUACGAUGGGAAGGUGGAGAUGACGGUGAUCGCGGCUAAGGAGGGCACGGUGGGCAGCGUGGACGGACAGAUGAAGCUGUACCGAGGCGUGAACGCCGUCAUCCAGCCCACCGGCCUCGUCAAGACGCCCUGCGGACUCUGCCCGGUGUUCGAGGACUGUCACGAAGGAGGAGAGAUCUCUCCGUCCAGCUGCAUCUACAUGACCGAGUGGUUGGACUUCUGACUGCUGGAGUCCUCGCUGUUGUUUCUAUCUUCUUUAUUUUCUAUUUAAUAAAACAUUCGUUAAACUUC